AUGGCAGUAGUUCCUCCCAUCAGUAAUGGCGAUGGCCUGCAUCCUCCCCGGGAUGAGGUUCUGCAGCAUUACGAAGAGUUCAAGGCCAGCCGCAUCAAUCCAUUAGGCUCUGCACAGUACAUCGAGCUCGACGCCGCUGCCAGCCAGCGCUUUGAAGCCCUUGCAGAAGAUCCAUGGGUCGACCAUGCGGCAAUCAACGCACAAACUCCGACUCUGAAGGACGAAGACGACGUGAAGAUCAUCAUCCUAGGCGCUGGUUUUGGCGGGCUCCUCUACGGAGCGCGCCUUGUCGAGGCGGGAUUUCGGGCAGAGGACAUCCACCUGAUCGAUACUGCGGGCGGCUUCGGAGGGACGUGGUACUGGAAUCGGUAUCCAGGUCUCAUGUGCGAUGUCGAGAGCUACGUCUACGCGCCUCUUCUCGAGGAGACGAACUACAUGCCGAAGCACAGGUACUCGUAUGGGACAGAGCUGAAAGAGCAGGCCAAUCGCAUAGCGCAGAAGUACGGCCUCACGGGCUUCUUCAGAGCCUAUGUCGAGAGCGCCACGUGGAAUGAUCAACGCAAGAGGUGGGCGAUCAAGAUCGAAGAGAACCGCGGUCCCGGGCAAGACAAGGUCCACCUCACUGUCUAUGCGCAAUUCGUCAUCUCGGCAACUGGCUUUCUGAACCAUCCAAAGGUUCCGAACGUGCCUGGCUUGGAAAAUUUCGAGGGCGAAAUGUUUCACACGGCGCGCUGGAACUACCAUGUCACGGGCGGCUCACCCGAGGAUCCGAGCUUGACGCGUCUCAAGGGCAGAAGAGUAGGGAUCAUAGGCACGGGUGCGACAAGCAUCCAGGCAACCCCGGAACUGGCCAAGUGGGCGGAAGAACUCUAUGUCUUUCAACGAACGCCAUCCAGUGUCGACGUGCGUGGCCAACGAGAGACCGAUGUUGACGAGUGGAAGUCCAAAAUCGCGACCCACAAAGGCUGGCAACAUGACAGAUGCGACAAUUUCCUUCAAUGGUCGGUGGGCUUGAACCCGGGAGAAGAAGACCUGGUCAACGACGGCUGGACCCACGCCCUGUCUUAUAUCGGUUUCAUGGGCGCGCCGCACGAGAAGCCUAUCCAGCCGGAAGAAGUUCCCAAUCACAUCGCCAGGCUCCUGGCCAUCGACGAAGACAUCGCGGAACAAAAGCGCCAACGUAUAGCCAAGCUUGUCAAAGACCCGGAGACGGCCAAAGCUCUCACGCCGUGGUACCCAACAUGGUGCAAGAGACCCUGCUUCCAUGACGACUACCUCCCGACCUUCAACCUACCCCACGUCCAUCUCGUCAGUACUCUGCCCCGCGGGAUUGAACGUGGCACGAGCAAAGGGCUGGUGGUCAACGGCAAGGAGUAUGAGCUCGACGUCCUGAUUUUCAGCACGGGCUACCGUCCUCCGGGUGCUGGUCAAGCAGAGCCUGGGUCCAUGGGGAACAUGCAGUUCGUGGGGCGUGAUUCCCUGACCAUGUCCGAGAAGUGGCGGACCAAGGGAGCCAGCACACUCCACAGCUUUUUGACGCACGACUUCCCCAACCUGUUCCUCGGUGGCUACGUCCAGAUCGGCAACGGGCAGCAUGCCACUUACAUCAUGGAUCUGAAGGCCCAACAUCUUGCGUACAUGCUGGCCGAGGCUCACAAGGGCGUCAAAGACAGCCAACGACUCACCAUGGAGGCGACCGAGGACGCCGAGGAGGCGUGGUCCCAGGAUGUCGCGAAGCAUGCCGCUUGGUUUGCGGCCUAUUCGAUCUGCACGCCGGGCUUUGCCACCAACGAGGGAGAGGACUUGAAGCCUCUGAGUCUGGAGGAGACACUCAGAAAGGCCCGAGCGGCACCGCACGCCCAAGGGUUGAUCAAUUUCAGGGACGUCUUAAGGCGUUGGAGGGAGGCGGGGAAUAUGGCAGGGGUUGAUAUCAGUACAUCGUAG